AUGUCUAUUUCGUCGGAUAUCCCGUUGACCAAGCAGAUACAAAGUCUACAGGAAAGUGUAAAGUCACUUACCGCUGAAGCAAGGUAUAGCGAGAUAUGGGGCACUGAUCUGAAUGAUGGCCAACCAGGGACCGUGCAGACUAUUAUACGGAAGUUUUUACAGCACCACUCCAUCAUUCCUUCAUUGCAGGUUCCGAGGGCCCGCUUCUCACUCUCCAAGACCCUAGAAUGGAGGCGCCGAUCUAAUCCACCGGCAGGAAUAGAGAAGGCUAAAUCAAUCUUAUCCGAACUAGGCCUACUCUAUAUUACCGAAAAUCGUGGGAACUAUGUUUUGUGGGCCACCAUCGAUGAGAUGGUCUUAAAAGGAUUCUCCCCGUUGCACGAUGACCUCUCAACAUCUGCUGGAAUUAAGAAUCUUGGGGUCGCCGUAAUGGAACUUCUUGCCACUUUGCUGCUCUCCCAGCCUACUGUGAUUGACCGGGAAACCAACCAGGCAGCAAGUUGUGUCCUUGAAUUCCGGCUACAACAGAAACCGGGAGGGCGGAAAGGAUACGGGUCGUUUCGAGGCAAGGUCCAGCAGGCGCUCGGCGAUUUGAUUGCACUGAUCCACUCGCACUAUCCCGGCCUUCUUGAGAAGACAUACAUUGUCCACCCAUCACAUGAAUACCUCGCGAGCUUGGAUGUUCCCGAAUACCUCUUACGGAAUACCACCCUUUUACAAAAGCCAGAGGACCUCGCCUUGUACCUGGGCCCGGAUAUUCCACCAAAAUACGGAGGACAUGGCAGAUCGCUCUCCGAAGUAAACUGUAUUGAGCCACUCUGCCUUGACUUCGAGGACCAGGAGAACCGGGAAAACACUCCAGAAGCCAACAGUAAAGGCGACCGCUCAACCGGAGACAACGAAACGGUGCGUGGGCAAGCUCCAAAUGUUCUGGAAACCACCGACACUCAGGAGUCCCCGGCAUCCCCUGAAGAACCCCAACUGCGUUUAAUCUACUCGGGGGACAUUGGCCCGCCGACAAUUAUCUUGGAUCCAGAAGAUCUGAAGGAUGCGGAGGACCUGACACCGGGCAAGAUGGGCGCUCGUCUCGUCUGGGCCGACACAGACAUGCUUGUGAAGUUCGGCCACGGCGUUCGUCUAGCUGAGGCCGAGGCUCUACAUUUAGUCUCUAGACGUACAACCAUCGCGGUGCCCAAGCUGCUGAGUGCAUAUAUUCUUGACGGGACUGGAUACAUCAUCAUGUCAUAUGAACCUGGAACGCCUUUUGACCAGUACUGGGACAAUGCUUCGCAGACAGAACACCGGAGAAUCCUCGCCCAACUAACGGACUAUGUACAGCAAAUGCGAGCGAUUGAGGGCAACUUCAUUGGUGGGCUGGAUCGCUCAGCUUGCCGAGAUGGAGUUUUCGAAGGAGCCCAUGUUGACUAUUCCAAGCAUAGCUACGGGCCGUACGAAUCAGAGCAGAGCUUCAACGAAGGCAUGGUCCAAGCCUUGCGAGACCGGCUUCCAGCAGAGCUACUUAAAAGCGAAAACGACCCGGAAUCCAGUUUUUGGGCUAGUGAAUAUAUCUUGCAGCAGACGGUACGAGGGCUAAAAGGACACAAAAUAGUGUUCACACAUGGUGACCUUCAUGAAGGUAACAUGCUGGUCCGAUCGGAUGGUACUGUGGUGCUAUUGGACUGGGGACUAUCUGGGUUUUGGCCUGAAUACUGGGAAUUCUAUCGUGCCAUGUUUAACCCACCGUGGAGGACGUCCUGGGACCGUAUGGUUGAAAAGUUUAUCCCCCCAUACUAUGUCGAAUAUGACGUGAUGAAGAAAGUUUUCGGCACUAUCUGGUAUUGA